AUGUGUUUUACUUGGAAUAUUGCUGGGAAGGCAAGUCGUUCCCUUUCUCGUUUAAAUCACUUAUUUGCCAAAAUGCCUCCUUUGGAAAGGCCGUCGUUGAUUGCCUUGGCUUUACAGGAAUUGCCUGCUUCUACUUUGUUGCUUAUUUAA